AUGAAAAUAAAUAUAUUAUUGAUUGUUGCGUUAUUUUCCGUUGCUUCGGCAGCUGAAUCUGAAAUAACUAAGAAAAUGAAAGAAUUUAAAAUUAUACCAGAUUUUAUUCCAAGCAAUGUUCCAGAAUUAUUGAAGGUAACUUUCGAUAGUGGGGCAGCUCUUAAAAUGGGAAAUGUAAUAUUACCUUCUGAAGCAAAAAAUCAACCUACAGUAGACUGGAAUGCUGAUAAAAAUACUUAUUAUACUGUAAUGGCUAUUGCUCCUGAUGCACCUUCACCAGAUAAUCCAUUUCUAGGACCUAUUUUAACAUGGAUGGUUGGCAAUAUUCGUGGUAAAGAUAUUGACUCAGGACGCGUUCUAGCUGAAUAUUUCACAAUGUCCAGUCAUUUAAGGCAUUUUAAAUCUCAAUCUGUGGAAAAAUUCCCAGUACGUGUUAUUUCAGUAAUUGCCAAUUCUACAACAUAA